AUGUCCGUUGUUGAACGGCCCUCAGAUGGGUCGCAUGAUGUUGCAACUCGCGACAAUGCAGAGACUUCGAACACUUCGGAACACCUGAAAUGGACUCUUCCAUUUAAGCGACAUCCUUCCAACGCAUCUAGCACGCACACUCAUGCCACGGGAUAUACAUCUUCGCAGCCGAACGAGAUGCGCAGGCGGAUGUCCCACGUCGCGAGACGAGCUUCUGUUGCCAUAGCCGAUGUUGCGCAUAAGGUUGACCCCCUUACAGUAACGCAAGGCAACCCCUUGGGUCUUGCAAUCAAUGAAAUUCGAGGUGUGUCCUCGGCCGGUUACUCCGCGCCAGGCCAGUUCGAUGCCCGUCGGUAUUCUUGCGAAGCACCCGUGCUUCCAACUAUAUCGUUACCUGAGCCUGCGCGAACCUCCGAAGCAUUCUCGGACGAUUCUACUGUUCGCCCAGGAAUGAGUGAGAAGGAAGAUGACUACUUGAUUCAGAGACUUGCGACGCACGACGACAUCGAGCGGCUCUCAACCCUCAAACGCAUCCUUUACAGACUGUGCCCAGUAUUGGUAGUCAUUACCGUUGGAGCUAACUGGAUGUACUUCGUUCUUCGCGUCAAGUUUACUGUAGAUGCGGAACGUGCUGCGCACGAGGUGUUCUGGAUGGCAUGGGCUUUCAUUAUCGUCGAACUCUUUGUUUCCCUUCCGGUAUUGUUGCAGAGUCUCUGGGGCUGGCAUAUUAUUGGGUUGAGGAAGAGACCAAAACUUCGGCUGGUCGGAGAAAACGUCCCUUCGGUCGACGUGGUCAUCACUUGCUGUCGUGAGGAAGAUGACCUGAUUCUUGACACCGCCAAGGCCGCCUGUAACAUCGACUAUCCCCACGAACGGUUUCGAGUCCUUGUCUGCGACGAUGGAAAAUCAGAAUCAUUGAGGAACUCGGUGGAGAAGCUCGCCUUGACCCAGUUCCCAAACCUCUAUUAUCGCUCAAGACCGAAAUACCCUGGCGUUCCACACCACUUCAAGGCCGGUAAUUUGAAUGAUGCUCUUGAAGAAACCAAAAAGCUACCAGGAGGUGCAGCCAAUUUUCUUGCCGCACUUGAUGCUGACAUGAUUCCCAUGAGAGACUGGCUUCGGGCACUCCUACCUCACAUGCUUCAGGAUCCAAAAUGUUCGAUGGCUUGCCCGCCACAAUUGUUCUAUAAUGUGCCUAAAGACGAUCCUCUCUGCCAGAGCUUGGACACGUUUGUCCAUAUUGCUGAGCCGAUUAAGGACUCUCUCGGAGUAGCCUGGUGUACUGGAUCCGGUUACGUGCUGAGACGCUCUGCCCUCGCCUCGAUUGGAGGCUUUCCUACCGGAUCUCUGGCUGAAGAUGUCUGCUGUUCAAGCAUGCUUCUUGGCUCAGGCUGGAAUACCGCCUUCGUCCACGAGCCACUGCAAUUUGGAACAGUCCCCGAUUCUUUGGUAAGCCACUUGAAACAGCGUACAAGAUGGACCAUCGGCACCGUGCAGACUGCCAUGAAACUGAGAUUCAGCAUCGGUGGUCCGCUGGUGAAGCACAUGACGCUCCCACAGCGACUGUGCGGUUUUGUUUACACAAUAUCUUCGCUGUUCACGGUGUUCUUGGUGUUGUCGAUGUUCACCGCACCUGCUGUGCUCGUUUCAGGCGGCAAGCUUGUUCCCUACGCAAACAUGGCGCAACUCCGAUGGCUCAUCCGCUCUGCAUUCCUCAGCAUGCUUCUGAAUCGCGUCAAUGAGAUGGUCUCAUUCUUGCCUUCUGGCUACCGUACCGGCCAGAGAGAUACAAGAGCUCUGUUGUGGAUGUCACCCUUCCAUGCCAUCUCAGUCAUUCGGACCUUCGUCCUUCCCAAAUGGCUGGGAGGCAAAGUCGCUGUCUUCACAUCGUCCGGGUCACAAAAGGACCAACUCAACGAACGGGACCCCCGGCUGCGAGCGCCAUUGUGGCGUCGUCUCAAAGUCACUAUCUGGGACUGUCAAUGCUACCUUCAUGUCAUCUACAUUAUGUUCAUCUUUGCGGCAGUUGGCGUCAGUCUCCACUCGAACAUCACUAAACCGGAAAACGACACCACAAAGAAGCUUCUCAUCGACGUGUUGACACAUGCGGGCUGGCCUCCGAUCAUCUGGAUGACCUGUGGUCUGGCAUGCUGGGCGCCGCUCAACUAUGCGAUCUUCCCGCCAUCCGUACCAGACAGAGAGGAUCUGUUGGACAGAGAUCCCGUCACCGGAGUCGCUUACCCCAAAGAGAGGUCGAAGAAGACUCAGACUUCAUGGGUUGCGUGGCUCUUCGAGGCUCAGUACACCUUCCUCAGUGUCUAUAUGACCGCCGUGUGCGUCCUCUCCUUCUGGUUCUGA